AUGGCUUCCUACAGCAAGGAGUUGGAAGUUGCACAACUCGCUGUUCAGAGAGCUGCCAUUUUGACCAAGAAAGUCUUUCAUGAAAAAGCCAAGGGUACAAUUUCCAAAGAUGAUGCCUCACCAGUCACGAUUGGAGACUUUGGAGCUCAAGCUCUUAUUAUCCAUGCCGUCAAGAAGAACUUUCCCGAAGACCAAGUCGUUGGUGAGGAGGAAGCUAGUUCUUUGAGAGAUAACCAAAAGCUACGUGAUCAAAUUUGGGCUUUGGUCAACGGAACAAAGCUCUCGGAUUCGGAGGCAGAGAAAGUCCUUGGAGGUCCUAUUGAAAGUAUGGAUGCCAUGCUGGAUGCUAUCGAUGCCGGAAACAGUGCUGGUGGAAACAAGGGAAGAAUAUGGGCCUUAGAUCCCAUCGACGGUACCAAGGGAUUUCUUCGAGGAGGACAGUAUGCCGUUUGUCUUGCUUUGAUGGUGGAUGGAGACGUCAAAGUUGGAGUAUUGGGAUGUCCAAAUCUUCCAGUGGACGACUCGGCGCCAUUAACAGCCGAGUCUGGAAUCGAUCAGACUGAUGCCGAAGGAAAGGGUGUUUUGUUUUCUGCAGUCUCGGGUCAUGGAGCUACAAGUAGGCCGCUUGGUAUUGCUGGGCUGGGAAAGAGUCAACCAAUUCAGAUGAAGGAGGUGAAGGAUCUUGGUCAAGCAACAUUCUGUGAAAGCGUGGAGGCAGGCCACUCAUCUCAUGGGGAUCAAUUUGAAAUUGCAAACAAGCUCGGCGUCACUAAGCCAAGUGUUCGUAUGGACUCACAAGCCAAAUACGGAUCUAUUGCUCGUGGAGCAGGUGAUAUCUACCUAAGAUUACCUGUCCGGGCCGAUUACCAGGAGAAGAUUUGGGAUCAUGCUGCUGGUGAUCUUAUCGUUCGAGAGGCAGGUGGAGAGGUUACUGAUACGUUGGGAAGACGGUUAGAUUUCAGCAAAGGAAGAACUCUUGCUGAGAAUAAAGGCGUAGUUGCAGCUCCAGUAGCAGUCCAUGGACAAGUACUGUCAGCUGUAAAGGAGGUGUUGGCCGCCAAAAAGUAG